AUGGUAAAAUACUUCGGAUAUCUGAUAACUGAGGGCUGGUUGCACCAAAAAGCCCUUGAUCUGGGCUAUCCGCCCGCUCAGACACCAGAAGACUCGCAUAAUCUCCUUUGCAUGGUUCCCUUGAAUGUUAUGGCAGCGGCGGGCGUUCUCUCCUACGCCAGAGUCCGUCGAAUAAAAACUCCCAAGGGCAAACAUUUCUGGUGCAUUGCCCUCGCCUGUGACGAUCCUAUUACUGUUGGAGAACGGAUGUCAACCCACGCGCCGCCAGAGGCAAAUUAUAAGGCUUUGAAGGAGGCGAUGGGGAAGGAUGGCCCGGCUCACUGGUAUCGAGCUAGAUGA